UGCUGUGUGCCGCGGGCCAGCGCUGACCCCGGGGCUCUGCAGAGAGGAUGGGGGCGGACGGGGAGACGGGGGUCCUGAGGAACGUGCUCCUGGGCGUCAACCUGAUCCUGCUGGGCUCCAUGCUCAAGCCCUCGGAGUGUCAGCUGGAGGUGCCCGUGGAGAGGGGCCAGCGGCCGGCGGCGGAGGAGCGGGGAGGCGUGGCCGGCUACAACGCCUCCGACGCAGAGCCGCCCGUGGCCUUCAACCACGAGUACAACGUCAACGUGCCCCUGGACGGCCUCUGCUCCUCGGGGCUGGAGGCCUCCGCCGAGAGGGAGGUGAGUGCGGACGACGAGGCACCGGCCGAGCGCCCGGACCAGACCUCCGACCAGGGGAGCCAGGUCACCUUCACCCACAAGAUCAAACUCCCCAAACAGGCCUGCCCGUGUGCCGGUUCGGCCCAGGUGCUGCAGGAGCUGCUCGGCCGCAUCGAGAUGCUGGAGAGGGAGGUGUCGGUGCUGCGGGACCAGUGCGGCAGCUGCUGCCAAGACGGCGCCGCCACAGGACAACUGGACUACGUCCCUCAGUGCAGCGGCCACGGCAACUUUAGCCUCGAGUCCUGCGGCUGCGUCUGCCACGAGGGCUGGUUCGGCAAGAACUGCUCGGAGCCCUACUGCCCACUGGGCUGCUCCGGCCGGGGCGCGUGUGUGGACGGCCAGUGCGUCUGCGACGGCGAGUACGGCGGCGAGGACUGCUCCGAGCUCCGGUGCCCCGCGGACUGCAGCUCGCGGGGGCUGUGCGUGGACGGGCAGUGCGUCUGCGAGGAGCCCUACACGGGCGAGGACUGCAGCGCGCUCAGGUGCCCCGGGGACUGUUCGGGGAAGGGCACCUGCGCCAACGGGACCUGCUGGUGCCAGGAGGGCUACGUCGGGGAGGACUGCGGCCAGCGGCGGUGCCCGAACGCCUGCAGCGGGCGAGGGCAGUGCCGGGAGGGCCUCUGCCUCUGCGACGAGGGCUACCAGGGCCCGGACUGCUCGGCAGCUGCCCCUCCAGAGGACCUGCGAGUGGCUGGUAUCAGCGACAGGUCCAUUGCGCUGGCGUGGGACGGGCCGAUGGCAGUGACGGAAUAUGUGAUCUCUUACCAGCCGACGGCCCCGGCGGGCCUCCAGCUCCAGCAGCGGGUGCCCGGGGAGUGGCGUGGCGUCACCAUCACCGAGCUGGAGCCAGGUCUCACCUACAACAUCAGCGUCCACGCUGUCAUUAGCAACAUCCUCAGCCUCCCCAUCACGGCCAAGGUGGCCACCCAUCUCUCCACUCCGAGAGGGCUGCAGUUCAAGACCAUCACGGAGACCACCGUGGAGGUGCAGUGGGAGCCCUUCUCCUUCUCCUUCGAUGGCUGGGAGAUCAGCUUCAUUCCAAAGAACAACGAAGGAGGGGUGAUCGCCCAGCUCCCCAGCGACGUCACCUCCUUCAACCAGACGGGCCUGAAGCCCGGGGAGGAGUACAUCGUCAACGUGGUGGCUCUGAAGGAGCAGGCCCGGAGCCCCCCCACCUCGGCCAGCGUCUCCACCGUCAUCGAUGGGCCCACGCAGAUCCUGGUGCGAGAUGUCUCUGACACCGUGGCCUUCGUGGAGUGGACUCCCCCUCGGGCCAAAGUCGACUUCAUCCUCCUGAAGUACGGCUUGGAGGGCGGGGAAGGCGGGAAGACCACCUUCCGGCUGCAGCCCCCGCUGAGCCAGUACUCAGUGCAGGCCCUGCGGCCCGGCUCCCGCUACCAGGUGUGGGCCAGCGCCAUCCGUGGGGCCAACGAGAGCAAGGCCACGACCACCCAGUUCACGACAGAGAUUGACGCCCCCAAGAACCUGCGGGUCGGCUCCCGCACCGCAACCAGCCUUGACCUCGAGUGGGACAACAGUGAGGCGGAGGUCCAGCAGUACAAGGUCGUGUACAGCACCCUGGCAGGCGAGCAGUACCACGAACUGCUGGUGCCCGAGGGCAUGGGCCCGACCACCAGAGCCACCCUCGCCGAUCUGGUGCCGGGCACCGAGUACGGCGUUGGGAUAUCUGCUGUCAUGAACUCGCAGCAAAGCAUACCAGCCACCAUGAAUGCCAGGACGGAACUGGACAGCCCUCGGGACCUCACGGUGACGGCCUCCUCAGAGACCUCCAUCUCCCUCGUCUGGACCAAGGCCAGCGGCCCCAUCGACCACUACCGAAUCAUCUUCACCCCGUCCUCGGGGAUCGCCUCCGAGGUCACCGUGCCCAGGGACAGGAGCACGCACACCCUGACCGACCUGGAGCCCGGGGCGGAGUACAUCAUCUCGAUCGCCGCCGAGAGGGGUCGGCAGCAGAGCUUGGAGUCCACCGUGGACGCCUUCACAGGCUUCCGCCCCAUCUCGCACCUGCACUUUUCUCACGUGACCUCCUCCAGCGUGAACAUCACCUGGAGUGACCCAUCACCCCCGGCAGACAGACUCAUUCUGAACUACAGCCCCCGGGACGAGGAGGAUGAGAUGACAGAGGUGUCCCUGGACGCCACCAAGAGGCACGCUGUCCUGAUGGGACUGCAGCCGGCCACCGAGUACAUCGUGAACCUGGUGGCAGUCCAUGGCACCGUGACCUCUGAGCCCAUCGUGGGCUCCAUCACCACAGGGAUCGAUCCCCCCAAAGACAUCACAAUCAGCAACGUGACCAAGGACUCCGUGGUGGUCUCCUGGAGCCCCCCUGUCGCAUCUUUUGAUUACUACCGAGUGUCCUAUCGGCCGACGCAAGUGGGGCGGCUGGACAGCUCCGUGGUGCCCAACACUGUGACAGAGUUCACCGUCACCAAGCUGCACCCAGCGACCGAAUACGAAAUCAGCCUCAACAGCGUGCGGGGCAGGGAGGAGAGUGAGCGUGUCUGCACUCUGGUGCACACGGCCAUGGACAACCCCGAGGACCUGAUCGCCACCAAUGUCACUUCAACGGAAGCCCUGCUGCGGUGGAGGGCCCCGGGGGGCGACGUGGAGAGCUACGUCAUUGUUCUCACGCGUUUGGCAGUCGCCGGAGAGACCAUCCUGGUGGAUGGGGGCAGUGAGGAGUUCCAGCUGACGGACCUGCUCCCCAGCACCCACUACACCGUCAGCAUGCACGCCGCCAGCGGGCCCCUCACCAGCGGCACCGUCAGCACCAACUUCUCCACGCUCCUGGACGCUCCCGCAAACCUGACGGCCAGCGAGGUCACCUUACAGAGCGCCCGGAUCUCCUGGCAGCCCCCCAGGGCCGAGAUCGAGAACUACGUCCUGACCUACAAGUCCGCCGACGGAAGCCGCAAGGAGCUGAUUGUGGACGCGGAGGACACGUGGAUCCGGCUGGAGGGCCUGUCUGAGAGCACCGACUACACAGUCCUCCUGCAGGCGGCCCAGGACGCCCAGAGGAGCAGCGUCACCUCCACCGCCUUCACCACAGGGGGCCGGGUGUUCCCGCACCCGCAGGACUGUGCCCAGCACCUGAUGAACGGCGACACGCUGAGCGGGGUCUACACCAUCUUCCUCCGUGGGGAGCCCCGCCAGAAGCUGCAGGUGUACUGCGACAUGACCACCGACGGCGGCGGCUGGAUUGUGUUCCAGAGACGGCAGAACGGCCAGACCGACUUCUUCCGGAAGUGGGCGGAGUACCGGGUUGGCUUCGGGAACCUGGAGGACGAGUUUUGGCUGGGGCUGGACAACAUCCACAGGGUCACGUCCCAGGGCCGCUACGAGCUGCGUGUGGACAUGCGGGACGGCCAGGAGGCCGCCUUCGCCUACUACGACAAGUUCUCCGUCGAGGACGGCAGAAGCCUGUACAAGCUGCGCCUCGGGAGCUACGACGGCACCGCAGGGGACUCGCUCAGCUAUCACCAGGGGCGCCCCUUCUCCACCGAGGACAGAGACAACGACAUCGCAGUGACCAACUGCGCCCAGUCCUACAAGGGAGCGUGGUGGUAUAAGAACUGCCACCGAACCAACCUCAACGGGAAGUACGGGGAGUCCAGGCACAGUCAGGGCAUCAACUGGUACCACUGGAAAGGCCACGAGUUCUCCAUCCCCUUCGUGGAAAUGAAGACUCGCCCCUACAGCCCCCGUCCCACGGCAGGGCGGAAACGGCGGUCCUUGCACUUCUGAGCCGUGGGUGGCCGCCCGCCAACUGACCUUUCCAACUGUCCUUCGUUUGUAUUUUAUAAUAUGACGCCAGGGGUGAGGGGUCAUAGUACUGUGCUUCGCAACACGCUCUGAGUGUCGGGAGGAAGCAGGGGCAGCGGGAACCGGCCGAGAACUAGCUGCCCGUGGUCCCUGCUGCCCUCGGUCGGACCCUCGGUCCAUCCAUCUUCCCUCCCACCCGGCCCACCUUGGCCUUCCCCUCCUGUCCCACCAGGAGGAAAGGGGGAUGUUUUCUUCAGAGACCAAUUCCAAGGCACGUCCUGGAGUCGGGUGGCUCUGGGGACAGGCACGUGCCUUCUCCCCGCUCCUUCUGAGAUGCCCGUCACGCCCACGGGUUUGUUUCUGGCCACGGCCUUUGAUAGCCAGGUCUUCACCCAGCCCACCGGGAAGCCUCAGCAAGAGAGCUUCAAGAGCGACUCUCCCCGUCCCGCCAACCCGAGGUCUCACAGAGCGGCACCUGUGUCCCACUGGGGCCCAAGUCACCGCCCACCCUCUUUGGGAGU